UCACUAUUUAGUUGACUCGCCGCUUCCAAAUACCACAAUCAACCUGUCCAUUUUGAGAGGAAAGCAAUUAGCUAUGGCGUCUGCAGAAACAGGAGGCGACAAGUACCGGUCGUUCAUCCACGGCGAGGGCGAAAAGAACACGGUGUGGAGGCUCGGAGCCCCUCCCAACUUUGACGUGGUCAACAAGCUCUUCGAGGAAGAGAGGACCAAUGAAUGGCCGGAGGGGUCUGUGGAAGAGAAGGUGCAGCGCUUGCUCAAGACCUGGGAGAUGGAGAUGUUCCACAAGGUGCGCCCCGAGGAUCAGAAGUGCGUUCACUCCCAGGGAUUCACGGCGAGCACCAACGGGAUGAAGGCUCUGACACGGAAGGAAUGGUCGGCCAUGGGAGGCUACAACGCGUUCCUGUCGACCACUUUGCCGCCAGAGCACCGCAUCUAUGACCCGGACAAAGAAACUGUCGACUCCGGCAUGUCGACAUUCCUCACAGCAUUUCCACGGGGUUUUGCCAUUGAGGUGCUUGACGUCUACAGCAGCGACCCACCGAAGGUCGCCUUCAAGUUCCGACAUUGGGGGUACAUGGAGGGGCCAUUCAAGGGGCACCCGCCUCAUGGCCAGCGUGUGGAGUUCUUUGGCGUCUGCAUCUUCCAUGUUGAUGAGGAGAUGAAGGUGGAGAAGGCAGAGUAUUACUACGAGCGGGGCAACUUCCUCGCCAGCUUCUUGAGCCCGCCUGCUGCUUCUGCAGCAUCGGCUUCAGGUUGCCCAAUGAUGAAAGCAAACUGAAGCUGUAAGGAUUAUUGAAACAUGUAACUUGCAUCAAUGUAAAAGGACGAUCACCUCCAUAUUUUGAGUUGCCUUUGAUUCCAUGUCUGGGACAUGACAGUGUUUUUAAUAAAAUAAAAUAAAAGCCUAUUUGUUGCAAACACCACUUGUAUGUAUGUAGGGGUGACAAAACCACACUUGGUUUGGACAGAACUUUCGGAAGAGCUACUAGACAAUGACUUGUUCAUGAAUCAGAAUUUAGUGAACUAUAGGCCUAGUUGUCUUAGUUUCGAGCUAAAUUCAUAGACUUUCUUCAUUGUUCCAAGGUGCAUUCAGAUUGUCACCAGAGGCUUUAUGUGAGAUUGUGAGUAUUGUAAGGAACGUUGCCCACCUUCUUAUU